AUGUGCUUCCUAUUCACAGAUCCUGAACUGUUUAUUGAUGACCUCAAAUUGCAAUCUGCCAACCUCAACAUGGACAAAAAAGGGGACACACUAUCGGAGAAUGAGGCUUCACCGAACUGCCAGAGAUUCGAGCUUCGUGAUUUCAAAGACCUCACUGGUCAUACAUUCGGUACAAUACCUCCGGAUUUCAAGCCAGUACUUACCAUACCAUGGUCAGAGCGCCCUGGCCAAGGCAUCUCGGAACUUGCAGCCGACUUGACUAUCAUUGAGAGGUUUACCACAGUCACACAGUCAGAACAAUCCAUAACGACGAGUAUUCCGCGAAGGCUCACCCCGGGUACUGAGAUAGAGAUAGUCACCAUUAUUGAUGGAACCAAGUUCGUCCCCCCAAGCAGCACAUCAGACGUGACGAGCCUCAGUCAGGAGUCAGAGCACACUUCACUAAAGGAGACGACUACUGAGGUGCUCAGCUUGAGCACCGAGACAACUCUACUCGGUCCAUCCUCUUACAGAUCAAGUGAAGGAAGGUCUUGGACUACAUCAUACACAACCGAUUCAAGCACAGAGCUUCUACCACCGUCUUCAUCCCCGAUUGCGUCUGAAACGUCAGGUCUAUCAGAUACCACAAGAUAUAUAAUAGGGGGGUUCGCAGGUUUUUGUACCCUUUGUGUUGCGAUGUUCAUCUUUUGUUUGGUACGAAGUUGUGUAAAGGGACCAAAACCGCGGCAUAGAGAGCAACAUGAACUGCAAAACGAACCACGAUAUCAACCACGACAAGAGCUGCAAUCUGAGCCACGACAUAAACCGCGAUAUGGACCGCAGUACGGGGCAUCAACUAAUGUUGCUGUCACUGUCUGCAACAACCAUGCCGAGAUACAGCCACAAUAA